AUGGGUAACCAAAUGAGUGUUCCCCAAAGAGUCGAGGACCAAGAGAAUGACUCGGAAGCAGACACUCACAAGGACCAGGCAUGUGGUCAAAAUGGGACGCCGGUGACGGUAUCCACCCGCUCCGUUCAGCUCGACCAUGAAGUCGAUUUGGAAACAAGUGUCCAGGAGGAUAAUGUGGCCACUUCUUCCCCCAAGACAAUGGAGAUAAGCGCUGUUGCGGAUGCCAACGGGAAGAAUCUUGGGAAGGAGGCCAAACCCCAGACACCAGCUGCUAAAUCUCGUUUUUUCUUGACACUCUCUCGGCCUGUACCAGGACGUACCGGAGACCAAGCCACGGAUUCAUCCACUGGACCAGUGAAGCUUGAUGUCAGCUCCGAUAAAGCUCUAGGGAACAAAGACCCGAGUGAGCCCAUGGCACUUCCGGUAGCAGCUGCACUGGGGUGCAACCCAGAUAAAACCCCCGUGCAGACCCCGGCCCAAGCCGAGGGCCUCUCCGCCACUUGGGGACCAGAGUCUCAUCUAUCUGAGUCCGGGGGGGCAGCCCCCUGCAAGCCCAAGGACUCCAGCUUCUUUGACAGACUCUUCAAACUGGACAAGGGACGGGACAAGGCCCUCGUGGACCGCCAACAGGAAGCCAAGCGUGCAGAGCAUCAGCCCCCCGCCGCCGAAACCCCCGGCUUCUCCACGCAGUCAGACGAUGUCCCUGCAGAGAGGGACAUAGCUGACGGCACGGGAAAAGGACAGGAAAUCCCAACUGUGAGUUGCUCUGUCCCCGGGGUCCCUGAAGAGCUGGAGAUUGCAAAGGAGGACCCCCAGACAGAGAAUAAUAAUUCCAUCAUGAGCUUCUUUAAAACUCUGGUUUCGCCUAACAAAGCUGAAACAAAAAAAGAUCUGGAAGACACGGCAUCUAAAGCAGAAAGUGUCUGUGACGGACAAGCUGAGCAGAAGACAUCCGAGAUCCAGGCUAAAGGCACCGAGAAAAAGCAUCUGCAUAGCCCCAGGCUAGGACUCGCCUUUAGAAAAUUCUUUAGGCAUAAGGGUGCCGAAAAGUCACCCGCCACUUCAGCCAACCUCACGUCAAACAAAGGCAAUGUUACGCCCCUGGAGUCCCAAGGGGCUGCCAAGAAUUCUACAUCCACUGACACAGCAAAGGAAGGUGCCAAGGAAAAGGGGGGCCCCACCUCUCUGCCUCUGGGCAAACUGUUCUGGAAAAAGUCAGUUAAAGAGGAUUCAGUUCCCACAGGUGCAGAGGAGAAUGUGGUGUGUGAAUCACAGGUAGAGGCUGUAAAGUCUGAAGAAGUAGGAUCAGCCUUACAAACAGUGGAUCUCAGCGAAGAAGGAGAUCGCACACCUGAACCCUCAGAAGAAACGCUCAAGAGAACAGAACGCAGAGCACAAAGGCCCUCCCUGAUGGCGCUUCUCAGACAGAUGUCAGUGAAAGGGGAUGGAGGGAUCACCCACUCGGAAGAAAUAAAUGGCAAAGACUCCAGCUACCAAGCCUCAGAGCCCCCUGAGAAGGCGGUGGUGCCGCCGGAGUCAGAGCCGGCAGCCGCCGGCCAGAAGGGCAAAGAGGGCUCCUCCAAGGACAAGAAGGCGUCCGCCGACACCGAGAAGCAGAAGAGCAACAAGCAGGAAGCCAAAGAGCCGGCCCCGCGCGCGGAGCCGGCCCCGGCGGAGGUGAACUCGCUGCGGGACGGGGACAAGUCCCAGAAGAGGCUCGAGAAGCGGCGACAGCCCCUCGGGGGCUUCUUCAAGGGCCUGGGACCAAAGCGGAUGUUGGACGCUCAAGUGCAAACAGACCCCGUAUCCAUCGGACCGGUUGGCAAAUCCAAGUAAACAAAUCACCACGGU